AUGGGUCACGACGAGAAGAAAGGCACGAUUAUUUUAGAAAACUUUAAUUCAACGACUAACCUAGCAUCGAACCCGGGAUUUCAGUCGACAUUAAGUCUCGGUUCGAAAGAAGUUAUAAAUGAAAAAGCAUACAAUCCCUUCGAACAUAGAAAAGUGGAACAUCCCAAUUCGUCAAUUGGCUCUUUACUGCAUCUGUUGAAGUCUUCGCUUGGAUCCGGUAUCCUGGCUAUGCCCGCAGCGUUCAGGAAUGCUGGGCUAGCCAUUGGUGCCGUCGGAACUCUACUAAUUGGAUUGAUUUGCACUCACUGUGUUUAUAUAUUGGUAAAAACAUCACAAGAAGUAUGCGUCGAAGCGAAGAAACCGUCUAUGGGAUUCGCUGAAACAUGCGGUGCAGCAUUUGAGUUUGGACCAAAAAGAUUGCGACCGUGGGCUAAUUUUGCAAGAAUAACCAUAGACUAUGUAUUAACUUGCACUUAUAUAGCGGCGCUAUGUGUUUACGUGGUGUUUAUUGCUGAGAAUUUCAAAGAGGUUUUAGAUGAAUACUACCCAGAUUACAAGUUAUCAGUGGAAGCCUACUGUGCAUUGACACUUGUUCCAUUAGUCCUGAUCUGUCAAAUACGUAAUUUAAAAUGGCUCGUACCGUUUUCCGCCCUCGCUAAUAUUUUCCUGGUAAUCUGCUUCGCGAUCACGAUGUACUAUAUAUUUCAAGAUAUGCCUAGUCCGUAUGAACGGAAAAUGGCCGCAAGUGUGGUCCAAUGGCCACUGUUUAUAAGUACGGUAAUAUUCGCUAUGGAAGGCAUCGGUGUAGUGAUGCCGGUAGAAAACGAAAUGGCUAAGCCUCAACAAUUUCUUGGAUGUCCCGGAGUCCUCAACAUCGCUAUGACUAUCGUUAUUUCCUUAUAUGGUCUUGUCGGCUUUUUUGGAUACCUCAAAUAUGGAGACGCAGUCCGCGGCAGCGUCACUUUGAACUUACCUCAAGAUGAAAUAUUAGCCCAAAGUGCCAAAAUAUUAAUGGCUUUAGCUAUCCUCUUCACGUACAGCUUACAGUUCUAUGUACCCAUGGAAAUGAUAUGGAGACAGAUUCAAAAUAAAAUUACCGUUAAAUAUCACCAUUUCACUCAGAUCAGUAUUAGAACGAUUAUUGUUGUUGGAUCAGUCGCCCUUGCCGCCGCGUUUCCCAAUUUAGAAUUGUUCAUCAAUUUAAGUGGUGCCAUCUUUUUAUCGAGUCUUGGACUUUUGACACCAGCUAUCGUAGACACUGUGCAUAAUUGGGAUAGGGAUUUAGGGAUGUUUAAAUGGAAGCUGUGGAAGAACAUCUGCGUAGCAAUCAUGUCUUUCAUUGCUCUCUUUGCUGGUUCUUACGUAUCAAUCGAAGGACAACUAAGCACUGAGACGACGACUAGACGCAAUAGAAAUGCUGCAACAAUAUCAAAUAUUGGAAAGACCCUAGUA